UAUCACCACCCCACCCCUCUCUCUUGUCACCAACCACUCCCCUUAGUAGCAGGAUGUGAGAGCGUUGCCCCGCUGCUAUAGUCAGUCAUCGUCCAGCCACCUCGAGAGAUAGACAUACGCAGAAAGUCGUCGAUGAAGGACCAGUGUUACAAAGACGAGUUCGUCGUCCUGUCACAGGAAACAGCUAGGGGAUGGGACGGAGAUGAUGAGGAUGAGGAGGAAGAGAGCAGUGAAGACUGGUUGUGGGAAAUAGAUGAAGAGGUGAAUGCGUACGGUAACAAAGAAAAUGAAGUUUUUGAUGACGGUUGGGGUUGGGUCGUCACCUUCGCCUCUUUCGUGAUAUACACAUUGGCGUCCAUGUUUACUAAUUGCUUCGGUGUGCUGUUCUCUGGGUUUCUACUGGAGCUACACACAUCAUCUACAAAGAUAUCCGAAAUCUUCAACUUGGCACUCGCAGUCUCUAGCUUGUUCAGCUUUCUGGCGGAGCCGUUGGUGAAUCAGUAUGGGUGGAGGAGAGUCACCUUUACCACCAGCCUUGUAUAUAGUGCGGGCCUAGCAUCGUCUUCACUCGCUUCUUCCGCCUCAUUCUUCUUCAUUUUCACUAUGAUGACAUCAGGUAUGUGUAUCCUGAUUCUUGAGGUCAUCGCGCAACACACUGUCUCCAUAUAUUUUACGAGGCAGAGACGCCUCGCAACAUGCAUUGUGACUUUGGGUACAUGCGCAAGUCAGGUGCUGAUGACGCCAUUCAUUACUUAUCUGCAGGGAGAGGUCAGCUCUAGAGGGGCCACUCUUAUUUUGGCUGCCACUGUUCUCAAUUGUUGCGUGGCCGCCAUGUUCCUCCACCCUGUUGAAUGGCACAGAAAAAGGCAUCACUUGGUUCCUACCAAGAGCAUGGAGGUCCCUUUUACCUUGCCACUUCAAUCUAAUAAAACAUCCUCUGCCUCUGAAUCUUUCAUAAGACUCCUUAAGGGAUCCAUGAAGAACCUUCAAUACCUCAGAUCACCGCGUAUCAUCAUCAUCUCAUUAGUGUUGGCCUGCAACACCAGCUCGUUGGUCAACAUCUGGGCUAUUGUUCCUUUCGCUCUCAAAACGCAAGGUUAUUCAUCUCAAGACGUGGCAUUGUGUCUUUCGGUGGCUGGACUUUGCAAUAUGGCCUCCAGGUUAGGGAAUGGCGUCAUUAGUUGUUGGGAGACAUUCUCUGUCCAAAAGUUAUAUAUCAUUGGUUCUGCUACGUCUGCAAUCGGCAUUAUUGGUUUUUGUUGGGGAAGUGAUCUCUUCUGGAAGACGACAAUGUUCGGGCUAUGCGGGCUCGGUAACGGUACCGUGUCUACACUCUAUAGCCUCGUGGCGUUGGAAGCAGCAGGUCUAAACAUGCAGCUGCCAGUGCUCAGCCUCGCAGGCCUCGUCACUGGGUUCUGGUUUCUCCUAGUGGAUCCACUCACAGGUUUAGUGCGAGAUUCAAGUGGCAGUUAUUCGGUGUGUUUGGAAGUGUUGGGCUGCUUUCUUCUGGCCAGCGUAGCCCUCUGGUUCUUUCUUCCCACUCCAUCUUCAGCAUCUCGUCUCCACAGCCAGUUGGAUAUUGAAGGUCACCCACUUGUUCCUUCCUCCAAGAAUCGGCCGUCGCGUUGAGGAACCACAAAGUGAUUAAUUAAGAUGAAAGUGUUAAACAAAGAAACAAGACAUUUUAAGAUACCUAUGCGUAAAUUAAAAAUUAUAUUUUGCUAUGAUGUGUU